UUGGUCUAAACUGUCAAACUGAAUUAAAACAGAAUGAAAAGAAGAAGAAAAAAUAAUAAUAAUAAGAAAAAUUGUGUGUUCAUCGAAAACAAAAACAAACGAAACGAAAAAAAGAAAAACAAAUCGUAUCCGAUUUUUGUUCUAAAUGAAUGCCAAACGGAUGCAUUCAACUAUCGUACAAAAUAUAACGAAUAUAGUUUUUAUAGUGUUUACAACCAAAAAGAAUUAAUAAAUUAGGAACAAGAGAAUAACAAAAAAUAAAUAUGGCCACAUAUAAUAAUAAACACUGGUUAUUGUCGCACAUACGAAAUUCGUAUAUAGCAACCGAUGAUACUGGCAUGUGCGAGGCCGUUAUGUUGUCAGAUGAUUUACCAAGUCGAUACAUUGAAUCGUGUAAAUCUCGUCGUGAAACACCACAAGUGACAACUGGUCACAGUUCAUCGUCAAAAUCUCAUCACCAUCAUCACCAUCAUCAUCAUCAUCAUCAUCACCAUCAUAAUAUACGAACGGCCAUCGAUGAAAAUUACGAAUGGUAUCCGGGUCUAGAUCACAGUGACGACGAAGAUCUCGAUCCACUAUCACAAUCGUACGAUAUUCAAAUGGAUCCGGAUUAUGGUUUGCGCAAACAUACAAAUUCAGCAAAUCAUAAGCUCGAUAAAUUGGAUGCAUCGAAACGGCGUGCAUCGAAAGUGCGUAGCAUUAAAUUGGAAGAUAAUGUACCUGUACUCACCGAAACAGAAAUUGAUGAAUUAUUUACGCGACGCAUUGAUUUCAAUACAACCAAUACACAACAAAAUGGUCAUGCUGAUGGUAACGGCAGUGAACAUGUUGAAUCGUUAUUGGCCCAACGUUUGGAAGAGGUACGACGAAAACCGGUGAAUAAAUUUCAAGCAUAUGCCCGUUUCGAUGGUAAUCAAAUGAGUGUGCCAACAAAAACGUUUAAAAUCUUUUUAACAAUGCUACCAAAAGAGCAACAAAACUAUCCGAUGGACAUUUGUGUUGUGGCAACGGCACGCAUUCAAGAAUUUAUCGGUUUAAUUUGUUAUAAAUGCAGCAUUACCUAUACUGAUGUACCUUUGCUAUCUGUUCAAAAUUAUGGUUUAUAUAUUACGGAAGGUGAUGGUGAGGUUGAUGAUUUUCCACCGUUGGAUUUGCGUGAACCGUGCUCGAAAUUUCGUUUCAGUCAUUUGGCAUUGGUGAAACGAUCAAGUAUGGAUACGGUGAUGCGACAAGAUAGUCGUCCAAUAUCCGAAACGGAUAGCACGUUGAAUAGCCCAAAUCAAGAUACAAUUGUCAGUGAAGUAUCGACCAAUCAAAAGGAUUUGGACCGAAUGAAGGGCCAUACAUUGUUAAUGGAAGCGCCAUUGUAUCGUUCGUAUCGCGUGAAAAUGUUUACAAAAGGCAUUUUUAAAACGGACAUACAACUUGGUGUCUCUGGUGAAAAGCUUGAAAUUGAUCCGGUACAACCGCAAAAUUCCAAAUCGAAAUUUCUUCGCCAAAAACCGAUAAGCCAUAGCAUGGAAUCGAUUGUAUGGUGUGAAAUUGAAGAAAAUGCACGAAACCGAGCUGUUAUUCGUAUUGUAUAUAGCCCAAUGCCAGACACACUAUUACAAACACCACAACAACAACAACAUCAUCACCAUCAUCAUCAACAACAAUCAUCAUCACUACAAUCACAACAUUUAGAUGUGAACUCAUCAUUUCGACACUAUGAUUUUGUAACGAAUCCUGUUAUGGCCGAAGAAAUUGUACAAAAAAUAAAUAACAUCAUCGAUGUACGGUCCAGUUCAACUCGACGCGAAUAUUUGUCACGACAUGCGAAAACGAAUUCAGUCGCAAACAAAAAGAAAAAACUCACAUUCUCAUUUAAGUAACAAAGCCUUCAAGCAGCUUAUGCGGCUCUUUGAAACGAGACUAUGCUCUUUUAGAUUUUAAGGUUUUUAUUAAUAAAAGCAACAAUAACCAACCAAGACAAAAACAAAAAUAAACAAACUUUGGAAAUUAA